CUCUCCUGAUGGUACUACAUUAGCAUCUGGUAGUGCAGAUAACUCUAUCCGUUUAUGGGAUGUUAAGACAGGAUAAUAAAAAGCCAAAUUAGAUGGCCAUUCAUCAAAAGUUUAUUCAGUCAAUUUCUCUCCUGAUGGAAAUACAUUAGCUUCUGGUAGUUAAGAUAAUUCUAUCCGUCUUUGGAAUGUAAAAAUAUCAAAGGAAAUACUCCAAUCAGAUAGUAGCUAUAAAGAUUUGCUUGCCCAGUUUAACAUACCUCUUAAGAAUAGCUCCUUAUUGCCAAAUGGUAUUUCUUAUUAAUUAUUAUUUAGUUAAUCCUCAUUAUACAAUACUUAGAAUAAGCUAGAAUCCUUAUUUAGAAGCAUAAGGAACACUUAUCUUAUAAGGACAAUACAUUAGUCAUUAAGGGGAAGAUUUAAAACCAUUGUUCAAAUCCAGAGGAAGUUUCUUUUUAGAAGACUUAAAGCAAAAGUGAAUUUGAUUAUUCAUUACAAACAUUACA